AUGCAUCUCACCUCUCUCCUCGCCACCUCCAUGGCCCUGGCCGCCGUCCCCGGGGCCAUGGCCUACCCCGGCAUGGGCCAGCAGAUUGAAGAUAUCAAGGCCCGCGCGAGCGAUAGGGGCGACUCGAACGAGCUCCUCGGAGACCUCAUCUCCCUCCAGGACCGCCAGCUCACCGCCGUCGGCAAAGACGUCAAGAGGAUCCUCCAGGGCAAGGGGGACCCGGAGUCUAACGACCGCUACAUCCUCAAGGUGCCUGACUUGACCUCGGACAAGUGCAAGAAGGACACGUGCUGCGUCUGGCGCUACGUCGCCGACGACAUGUACCAGUUCAUGGCAGGCAAGUCAGGCCGUUGCACUGGCCUGGCGCGCGCCGCCGUGCGCCUCGGCUUCCACGACGCCGGCACUUGGUCCAAGGCCACGGCCUCCCAGGGCGGCGGCGCCGACGGCAGCAUUCUGCUCGCACCGGGCGAGAUCGACCGCUUCGAGAACCGCGGCCUGCAGGAGGUCGCCGCCAAGUUCAUCGAGCUCCGCGGCAAGUACCUUUCUAUGGGUUGGAACAUCGGCAUGGGUGACUUUAUCCAGAUGGGUGCCAACGUCGCCACCGUCGUCUGCCCCCUCGGCCCGCGCAUCAAGACCUACGUCGGCCGUAAGGACAGCGCCGUGGGGGCGCCCCGCGGUCUCUUGCCGAGCCCGUUCCAGCCGGCCGACCAGCUGAUCCAGCUCUUCCGCGACAAGACCAUCGGCCCGCAUGGCCUCGUCGCCCUGCUCGGCGCACACACGACCAGCCAGCAGAACUUUGUCAACACGACGCGCGCCGGCGACCCCCAGGAUAGCACCCCGGGCGUUUGGGACGUGCUCUACUACAAGGAGACGCUCAGCACCAACUCCCCCCCCAGAGUUUUCAAGUUCCCCAGCGACAUCGCCAUCUCGCAGCACCCGGAGACUGCCAAGGAGUUCCAAGACUUUGCCGGACGCGGCGGCCAGGACCACUGGAACGAGGACUACGCCCGUGAGUACAUCCGCCUCUCGCUGUUGGGCGUCGACAACAUCAACCAGCUGGUCGAGUGCACCAAGGUCCUCCCGCCGGCGAUCAAGGGUUUCCGCAUCCUCGACCAGUUCAAGCUCGACAAGUGGCUCAACAGCGUCGGCAACAAGGGUGCCGCCAAGAAGGUCGCCCAGGAUAUUGAGAAGGGCGACCCCGCCUCCGUCGAGGUGCCCCCCGUCAACAACUAA